UAUAUAAACUCUGAGACUGAGUGAGAACACAAGACAGAGAGAGAGUGCAAAAAGAAAGAGAACAUUCUCUUUGUUUUGCAGUUCUUCCUUUGCUCAGCACUUCCCAGACGGCUUCUCUUCACCGAGCCAAACUCCCAGCAAACCAACACACGCAGACAUGAACGCAGCAGAAGCAGCACCCGGAGGCUCCAAGGCCGCUCCUCCCAAGUUCAAGCAGAAGGAGACCAGGCAGUUCAAGAGCAAGGCUCCUAAAGCCGGACAGAAGGGAUUUGAUGAUGUCCCGGGGAUGGAGGGCCUUGGAGAUGCGGCAGUCGUCUGCCCUUGGGAGGCGUUUGGUGACAUGGAGCUGUGUGAUCUGGCCCAGUUUGGCAUCGUCUAGACCUUCUGCCAAAUGGAAACAGUUUAUUCCUGAUGGCUGCAAUCCAGCAGCUUUUUGCUUGUGUUCUAGUGUGGAGAUGAUCCUGAUUGGGUACCAUAAGGACGACUGAUGAAUGGAGAGCGAUUUCUUUUCCCUCCCCUCGAUAAGAGGAGGAAGAAGCUCUUGGACAGCAGCCCCAAAGAAUGACUCUUCCUCUGCCCUGGGCCGAUACACCUCACCACCUGGAAGUUUUAGCAUCUCUCUGAGCUCUAUAUGUUCUAAAUGACAUCUGAAUGAGAUUUAGAUAAGAUAAAAUAGACUUUCAGGAUGUCUCUGUUGUGGCCUUGUUGUCCUGUGUAGCUCAGCAUCUUGUAAAAGUGUAACACACUGUACCGCUGCUUGGGUUUAAUUAAAGGGACGAUGGGUAAAAAAUUGGAAAUCAACUUAUAUCUAUCGAUGUAUCUAUCUAUGUAUCUAUCUAUCUAUCUAUCGAUGUAUCUAUCUAUGUAUAUAUCUAUCUAUCUAUCUAUCUAUAUAUAUGUAUCUAUCUCAAGUAGAGUUGUGUACUGUGUGGUUAACGCUGUAUAUCUUAUAAUAAAGUUUAUUUUAGUCACGUUA